CCAGGGUGGUAUAAUGCGUCCGACUCCGAAGAGAAUAACAUAAAAGCUCGGAACGCCUUUACAGCUUUAAUGACGGUGAAAGGUGAUGUGCCGAAUGGACAUAAGAUGAGAAGUUUCUCGAAACGAGUGUACAAUGUAGCUACGGAAAUGGGACUAGGAUAUUAUCGGCCUAAAAAUGAUUUGGUCACAAUUACAGAGGCUUCGUUUUAUGAUGGUGUAUUACUGUUUGCGAAAGCUCUAAAUAAAACGUUGGGUAAUGAUAUCCGAUUAUGGGGAAAUUUUACGUUAAAAGGAUCGCAUAUUUCGAAAUUAAUGUGUGAUGAAUCUUUUCAAGGUAUUACCGGCUUUGUAGAAAUAGAUUCAAAUGGUGAUCGCAUUAAUGCCAACUAUAAUUUAUGGAAUGUUAAUCCAUAUACAAAUACUAACGAGGUUGUUGCUAAAUACUCUCCACGCUUAUCAAAAUUAUUUUUUAUCGAAAAUCAAACAAUCUAUUGGCCUGGCGGAGCAUUAACUCCACCAUCCGAUACUCCAAAAUGUGGAUAUGAUCGUUCCAAAUGUCCUGAUAAAUCUUUAUCAACAACAUCGUUUCUGAGUAUAAUACUGUCAACUAUAAUUAUCAUUAUUUCAAUAUUUAUGCUGUUUAUGUACAGGCAUUAUAAAAUUGAAGCAUCAAUUGCAUCCAUGACGUGGAAAGUUCGUUGGGAGAGUAUUCAAGGCGUUUCGAUUUAUGAUACAAUGGAUAGUGGUAGCGACUAUACAAUGUUUAAGCGAAGCAAAAGUGAUAUUACUUUAUUUUCGGCUGGUGAAUUGAGUUUGGAUUUUAACAAUCGUGUACAUUUAGGUAAAUAUCGUGGAAGUCCAGUUGCAAUCAAAUAUUUAACCGGGCCUAAACCAGAAUUAACACGAUCGCUGUUAUUAGAGUUGAAAAGAAUGAAAGAUUUACAACAUUAUCAUUUAGCGAAAUUCUAUGGUGCAUGUUUAGAAUAUCCAAAUUUAUGUUUAUUAACUGAAUAUUGUCCACGUGGGAGCUUAUUUGAUUUAUUGAAAAAAAAUCGUUUUAAAAAUGAUUGGAUGGUGCAACUGUCGCUCAUACAAGAUAUUACAUUAGGAAUGUGUUAUCUACAGAACAGUGACAUCAAAUCACAUGGUUCACUGCGAUCAACCAAUUGUGUUGUAGACAGUCGUUUUGUAUUGAAAAUCACUGAUUUUGGUUUACAUCAAUUGCGUAAUCGUGAAGAUGUUGAUGACAUUGAAAGACUUGGGGAUGAAUACUGGUGGCGUAAAUUAUGGACAGCCCCAGAAUUAUUACGUAUGGAGAAACCACCACCGCAAGGCACUCAAAAAGGGGAUGUAUAUUCGUUUGCUAUUAUUGUACACGAGAUCAUAUUUCGACAAGGUGCAUUCUACAUACGCAAUUGUACGUAUAGCGAAACGUUGCAGGAAAUUGUGGAUACUGUCGCAAAAGGACAUUCACCAAUUCCAUUACGGCCAACCAUUGAUGUUUGCAAAGAAGAAGUUGCAAACUUAAUGAAGAAAUGUUGGUCUGAAGAUCCAGCGGAUCGUCCCGAUUUUCAUACAUUAAAAACUACAAUACGUGAAUUAAACAAAGAUUAUGAAAGUGGAAAUAUUUUGGAUAAUUUGUUGUCCCGCAUGGAACAAUAUGCGAAUAAUUUAGAAAGUUUGGUGGAAGAACGUACAAAGGAUUAUUUAGAUGAAAAACGUCGAUGCGAGGAUUUGUUACAUCAAGUUUUGCCACGAUCUGUUGCCAAUCAAUUAAUCAAAGGAUUACCAGUAAUCGCCGAAACAUUCGAUCAAGUCACCAUUUAUUUCAGUGAUAUUGUGGGCUUCACUUCGUUAUCAGCCGAAAGUACUCCACUACAAGUUGUAAAUUUGCUCAAUAAGUUGUACACAUGCUUUGAUGCGAUUGUCGAAAAUUACGACGUCUACAAGGUUGAAACAAUUGGAGACGCAUAUAUGGUGGCAUCUGGUCUACCAGAACGUAACGGAAAUCGGCAUGCUAAAGAAAUCGCUCUAAUGUCGUUGGCAUUAUUAAACGCAGUUCACAAAUUUGUCAUCCCACAUCGCCCCAAAGAACAACUCAAACUGCGUAUUGGCAUGCACACCGGUCCUUGCGUAGCUGGGGUGGUUGGUCUAAAAAUGCCGAGGUAUUGCUUGUUUGGUGAUACCGUAAAUACAGCAUCACGCAUGGAAUCGAACGGAGAAGCACUUCGAAUUCAUGUAAGUCAAGCCACAAAAGAUAUUUUAGACACAUUUGGUACGUUCAUAUUAGAACGACGUGGAGAAGUUGAAAUGAAAGGUAAAGGAAAAAUGGUCACUUAUUGGUUAAUCGGAGAAAAACCACCAAUUGAAAAUAAUAAAAUGACCCAAACAAAUCCAGAAAUCAAAGAGCCAAAAAUGAUUGAACCAAAAUUACCAACCAUUCCAAAGCCGGCAUUGGUUCGUGGAACUGGUGGAACGAAGGCUCCAAAACGCGAUAGUGGAAUUGCAACACCCACUGUCCGAUUUUAUAACAAUGUUGACGAGAUGUCAGCCAGUGAACCACUGUUGAGCUCUCGAAAAUAAAUAAAGCAAACUUAAGCGUAGUAAAUUUGCCCAUAUUUUGACCUGUUUCUUUCUAAUGGUCUAACUUGAAUUGUGAAAUUUCUUUUAAUUAUAACUUAUGGUAGGUUAUCCCUCUUUUCUGGGAAUGCUCAUAAAAAUGUUCAAAUAUGGCUUUAAAAAAUGCAUGCUCAAAGAAUCAUUUUCAUUUAUUUUUAACUGUUAGAAGUACAACCUUCCCCCCUUAGAGGGAUACACAUCCUACCCAGGGCUUAAGUUAUGAUUAACAAAAUUUUUGCGAGUCAAAUUCUUAAAAAUAACAAUCGGUUAGAAAAAAAUAUGUGUUAUAUCGGCAAAUUGAAUCGGCUAAGUUAUACUUAUUCUAUUUUUUCAUAGUAGUGCACCAUUUUCCCGACCCCAUCCACGAAAACCCUAAAAAUCCUGAUUCAUGAAAAAAAUCUUCCAUUUUAAUCUGUCGUCAUAUCCUGUUUUUUAUAAAAAGAACAAAAAAUUUUAUGUACAAUGUAUAUCCCAAAAAAAAUUUGUAGUGAAAAACGUGUGCCAAAUUUUUCGUACCCAUAAUGCCUAAAAAAUGUUUACAAUGAAUGGCAAAAAUUUAUAUAUAAAUAUAUAUAGAAAAAUUUAUAGUAAUUGUUAAUCCCUUUUGAAAAAAAAUUUUCCGUAAAUAUUUUAUUGUCAUAGGGUACAUGAGCGUAACUGAGGAGAUUUUCCCAUCCUUUUAAAAAUAAAAUAUAUUCGAUAUUUUUUCAACACUUAGCAGAAUCCCAGUCAGGAAGACUUCAUUGCAGGACACUUAAAUCACGACUCUGUUCGUAUAAAGCGGCGACAUAAAAACCAUGACCAAAUUUUAUCAAGUAAUAUAUGGGUACAGUAGAACAUGUAAUUUUUCAAGAGCCAAGGGAUCGAUCGGACAACUAGACAAUGUAUAGAUAAAAAUCUAAAUUUUGAUAUUUUAUUGAUAGAUCAAUGAAAUUAAAAUUUUUCCAGCAAGCUGGAAAUCGUUUCAAUAUCUUCAUUUAGUCCUAAAUGCAUGCAAUCUGAGUUUACGCAAUUCCAGGAGGUGUGUAUAACUUUUGGGAGCCCAAAAACUAAGAAAUUUUUGCCCUUUUUCAAUUUUUUUUUUUUUGUAGCUCGAAAACGGUACGUUCCAUGAAAAAUUUUAUUCCAUUCAAAAGGGCUAAAUUCUGUGUCAAGUGAGUAUCUAAAACUUCAAAUUCGGUUCGAUUUUAAUAAAAUUUAACGUGUUAUAGGCAUCUCAAUUUUCAA